GGAAAGAAAGAGAGAAGACUCACACACCACCGAAGAAAGAAAACACAAAAGACUCCUCCUGCUUCCUUCCUCUCUGCGAUAAUUUUCUCUGAAACUUAAGCUUGAUUCAGCCAUGGCUAAUGCAGCAUCAGGAAUGGCAGUCCACGAUGACUGCAAGCUGAAAUUUAUGGAACUGAAGACGAAAAGGUCAUACCGUUACAUUGUUUACAAGAUUGAGGAGCAGCAGAAACAAGUGAUUGUUGAGAAAAUCGGUGAGCCUGCUGAAACCCAUGAAGACCUUGCAGCAAGUCUUCCAGCUCACGAAUGCCGUUAUGCUGUUUUCGAUUUUGAUUUUCUCACCGCAGAGGAUGUCCCUAAGAGCAGGAUUUUCUUCGUAGCAUGGUCUCCGGACACAGCCAGAGUGAGAAGCAAGAUGAUCUAUGCAAGCUCUAAGGACAGGUUCAAGAGAGAACUAGACGGAAUUCAGAUUGAGCUUCAGGCAACCGAUCCAACCGAGAUGGAUCUUGAUGUUUUCAAAAGCCGAGCCAAUUGAUGAAGAAAUUCCCCAAAAAUUGCGGUUGAAUCAGACUUUUUUCGUAAUAUUACCCAGUGAUGCUUCUUCUUAAAGUUUGCUGUGACGGUACCAACCAAAACAGCUUCAUUUUAUCGGUCUUUGGUCUUUGUCUUUGAUUUCUUUUGUUGGGUCCUUGUCUCCUUGAUAGUGUUUUGUCUUAAAACUUAAGAAAUCUGGCUUGUGCUCUUUUACCAUUGUGGAAGAAACUCGAACCCUUUAUCAAACAAGAAUCCUAUUGGCACA